CUUGGCAUUUACUCUUUCCCGGUUCUAGGCCCAAUUCUAACUAGAUCUGCAGGAAAGGAGAAAAAAGGGGCAAUAGUAACUACAUUAACAUUCCCAGGAACGCCUUCCCCGGCCCCUCGGCUCCUACAGCACCGAGACGGCGGAAAUCCUGCAGCUCAAAACCCAACUGCAACUCUUCAGAGUCGCGUCGCUCCUCAUCCGCCCUUCUGCACCCCAACUCUGGACACCGAGAGCUCCACAGAAUAAAACAGGAGGGAACGCGGGGAUGAACUAUGGCCACCAAGGCCUGUUUCUCUGAGAACUCGACCCGGUUCCCCUGGCACCCAAACCAGAGCCCCUGCUCCGCUUCCUCCGCCCGCAAGGGGCAUUCCCGGAGCCACUGGGACGCGGGGCGGCCUACCCGGCAGGGCCAGCAAGAGGGGCGAGGAGGCAAGAAGGGGGUCCUGCAGUCACCAACGCGUCCCGAGGUGCUCACCCGGGGAUUCCGGCGGUCGGUCCUGAGGGAGGGGGCGGACUGUCCGCCUCGGGCACAGGAAGCCCAGGGCAGGAAGACCCGAGAGCCUAGCGAGGAGGCGUGGGCCCGUGGCCAGACCCAACAGGGCCAAGUGUCCCGGAGCCGUUACUCUCCCGCCCCUGGGGCGCGCCGCCCUCGGUUGCCAAGGGCUGGGGACGCGCAGGCAUUACCUCUACAAGCAGCAGCCUCUCCCGUCAAGGGCGGAGCGGCGGUCAGCCCCCACGACCCGCCACCGGCAGCGGUCAGCCCUUGGAGACCGCAGCAGAGAGGCCCACACGUUUCCUGGCUGCCUUGGCGCCAAUGGCCGCCUUUUCGACCUCAGCUACGCAGCGCCAACCGCCGCAGCCACCGCCAUCUUAGGCUCUCAUUGUGGUGGGAGAAGAGGGGCGGGGGGACUGCAGAGGGGGGAACGCGCGGCGGAACAUGCGCCGUCUCCUCGGCAACGGCCGCGCGGGGGCGAGAACUCGCCCGGGCGGGAGCCGCAGUGCGCUCUACACGCUAGACUGGAGUCAUGUGACCCGCCGGAGUCUGUGGUGUCGCUUCUGGCUCUUUAAGUCGAAAACAGAUUAAACGAACGAAUCCGCCCCCCACGUCCAGGAACUACGUAUCCCAGAAUGCCACCUAGACCCCGUGUUCUAAACGCCUGCCAACCACAGGUGGAGGACUACAGAUCCCAGGAUGCUGUGCGCUGCCGGCGCUGAUCGCGGAACGUGGGGCCCUAGGCCUAUGCGGAAGUGGAUUGGUCCCUCAACCAGUGGAGAAAGCCGAGGCGCCAUGAAGUUUUUUCGUGGGGGUGUCAGCUCUGGCCGUGCCGGAAGAAGGAGCCAAGACCGGGAUCGCUCUUCUGCUCCUUCCUCACCCACAACCCGGUCACGAAGAGGUGGAAAGAGAAGGACACUUACAAUGGGGUGGAAGUUCCAAAUCGCAGAAUGAUGUUCAAGGAAGUGGGAUAUACCAAGAACACAGACCACACAUCCAGAAUAAGCGAUGGACAACAAGCAGACUGGCUGAUGUAGAGGAUUUACAUAUGUAAAUCAACAGGAUUACGUUUCCCUUAAUAAUUUUCAAAAUGUCCACAUGAAGGACAGGAAGAUGUUUAACGGGAAGACCAAACAUCAUCAGUGCUCAAGUCCAGUAGAUAACAAAGAACAGAAAGAAAACAAAACUUUGGUAUUUUACUGGAAUCUGAGUGAAUAAAUAGGGACCACAGGACAAACGGCAAACAACUGCUUGAGUUACAUCAGAGGGAAAGAAGAAAUGAGGAACUCGGAUUUCCAGUAUGAAACUGUUAUACAAUAUGAUUAAUGGAGCUAACAGUUGCCUAUUACACUUUAGAAAAUCUUCUAGAGGAUUUUAAAACAAAAGGAACACCUUGUCCAGAGUAUAAUUGAUGCUUCCAGUUAAAUUUCACAAUUUUGCACCUCAGGGAAUACUUUUGUUUUUCUUAGACAGCAAAUAAACUGACCAUGUCACCUUGGCAA